CAAGAAGUGUGCAGUGAUUUUGCAUGAGUCAACCUUUUCCUUGUAUCAAGUGUCUACUUUCCUUCUUGAAGUAGAAAAUGAAAGUUAACUAACUACAUCUCAGUCAGUAGGCUAUCUGUGAUAAAAAGGAUGUUAAAAUACAAAUUUUGAUUUGAAAUAAAACUUAACUAGAAUAACUUUGGCAACAGAAAAAUGGGUUGUGCGUGUGGCAGACGACACUUGGUUGUGUUCAUGACGUUUCUAGGAAUGUUGAUAUCCAUCGGAUCCAGAGAAGUAUUUACGAUGGUAGUGACGCACUUGCUGGGGCUGGACGAGGCUAAAGGCGGGAUAAUAAAAUUAAAGUGUUGUAAUAACAGUUACACAAACUUUCACCAAAACUGGCCAUCGGAAAACAGGAUCCUGUUCCAGACGUAUUAUUUCGUUGGGACCAUUUUCACACAGGUACCAGGUGGAAUUCUGGCGGCAAGAUUUUCACCGAGACGCGUCUGCGGCGUUGCGGUAUUUCUGACAAGUGUUCUUACCAUUGCCAUCCGGUUUGCGCUACAGUACCAGUCCUGGCUUGUGUCCCUCAUUCGGAUACUUCAGGGUAUUAUAGAAGGCGCUAUCGUACCUUCCUUCAAUGGUAUUAUUGCUGCCUGGGCUCCAAAAUCGGAGAAAAGUGUCCUUGUUACGAUCUCAUACUCCGGGGCAUAUCUGAGUGCAGCGGUGGCCGCUAUCACAUCAGGGAUGCUUAUAUGCAAGGUCAGCUGGGGUUCCGCCCUCUUUGUUUAUGGUGCAGUCGGAGUCUUGUGGUCACUCAUUUGGUUGUGUGCCAUUCAUGAUAGUCCUGCGUCGUGUCCAGGUAUCAGCGACAGGGAGAAAGAACUGUUCAGAAGUGAAGGACACCAUUCCAGGCCUGGCUCAAAUAUCCAUUUCCAUGUUUGUUGCAUAUUGGCACUGACGUUAAGACUCGAAGAAAUCUAUGAAAAUAUUGGGAUUUGGUCGUCAAUUCCGCACGUAAUGAUGACUGUAGUGGUGGUGAGUGGGGGAUUUACUGUAGACGCACUCAUCAAACGUAAAAUUGUAUCAACAACAAUAGCCAGGAAAACAGCUGAAACCAUUGGGUUUGGCGUGGAAUCUGGCUGCCUUCUAGCUUUAGGUUUGGCACCUCACUUAUCCAAGGGGGCGGGUAUAGCAAUAUUGUGUGUAGGAGUUGGGGUCAGUGGAAUAGCCAUAUCAGGUUACCAGGUGAAUCCGCUGGAUCUGGCCCCCAGGUAUGCAAGCGUGUUAACAGGAAUUGCCAGACUGGGAACCAUUGGAUCAGUUAUUAGUACCGUUAUAGCCGAACAACUGCCGGGAAGGACACAUAAGCCAAGCGACUGGAAAAUUGUUUUCAUAGUCGCCGGAUCCCUUCAUCUAGCUGGUGUACUGUAUUAUUUGGUGUUUGCUUCCGGAAAACGACAGACGUGGGCAGGUGACGACCUAACGCUCUCUGUAGAACAUCGCGGUCAUAUGCAGAACGUGGUCGAGGAGAACGCUGCUGGGUACGACUCGGACGAUGAGAAGGAGUCACUGUUGUCAAAAAGUCUACGAGUUGAGAGGCUAGCAGACGAUAGCGAUGAAUACGAAGAACCAUCAUGGUUCAUGAACACUAUAUAGAAGCCAUCAUCAUGGUUCAUGAACACUAUAUAGAAUCCAUCAUCAUGGUUCAUGAACACUAUAUAGAAUCCACCAUCAUGGUCCAUGAACACUAUAUAGAAUACCGCUACCUUGAUGAUAGAGUGUUUCUAUAUUAUUUGUACACUGUUUAUAGUUUAUGAAAAAUAUAAUAUGAGGUUAUUUAACAGUGUUGAGUACAACACUGAAUUCUGUUGGACGAGUUCAAAACAGUAGUAACAUGUCAAACCAGUAAAUCAAAAAAAGUCCCUACUGGAAACUUAACUUUAGAAAAUUGAUUUGAUAACUUGUCAAGGUUACACUCUACCAAUUCAAGUCCUUAUUUAUUUCAUAUUAAUAACAAAACAUUCAGACCUCAUUUUCAGCACUUUAGAGCAUUUCAAUGAUAUGAAAACCAUAUAUGGUCAUUUAGUAUAACAUGUCUUCUUAUCAAAAACAAAAAAAUAUUGACAUGUUAUGUUGAAUAUAAGAAAAAUAAUCUGUUCUGAGAAACAUCACCCUCUAGAAAUGCCCCCAUGAAAACAGCCGUUUAGCAGUUACGCGUAGGUAGACAUUUUUCGCAAAGAAUAAAACUUAUUCCAAGAAAUUUACAAUGAAAAUGGUCUAGAUCUAUUCUCAAUACUAUAAGCAAUAAACAUAAGCCAAAAAUUUAACUGUCACCUCCUCAUGUCACUCAUUAUACCAGAUUUCAUCCAUAGCAUGGAACUACAUUUUGGACUACUUCACAUGUAACACUGAGUAGUCACUUCCGGUUUGGUGUAAUCCGUCCUCAACGGACUAUCUGAUACUAGUAAGUAAUAUUGUCACCAAUGACGCGUUUAAUUACCCAGUCCGACUAUCACUUCAUUAUGUAUUUAUUUAUACGUAAUACAGGGGUGGGAAUUAUGCCAGAUCGUAUUUUAUAUAUCUGGAUUUCACAGCGUGUUAUAACAUUUAGAAGUAUAUAUGUAUAUAGUUUUGAAUAUAGUGUCACUGGCGAUUUUUUUAACAAUUAUCUUUUGAAAUAUUGUGUUACAUUAUGUUUUAAUAGAAUAUGGGAUCAGUC